GCUAGUUUAGAAAACAAUUGUUCGUAAGAUUUCAUAGUGCACAGUGUGAUUGGAGUGUAGAAAAGAUUCAAAUAUCACUCGCAAGUGGCGUAGCAGAAAGAAGACGUGUGUUUUCAAGAAGUGCGUUCCCGUUGAGCGAAACUGGCGUUAUCGAGUAUCGCGUGUAUUGCGUGAAUGUUAUCUAUCUUCGUUCUACACCUCCACCCCCUUGAACGCCGUCGAUCGAUUCGUUGAGGAAUGAUGUUUCCAAUGUUCCCGCAUAUCAGUUGUUAGUGCUGUCCGGCUGUCAACAACCUGGACGCCACGCCAAAACUAUGACGAGAUGGGUUCCAGCCAACAAGACAGGCCGGUCACCGCGCACCGUCCGGUACUCCGCAAGCGCCGGAAGGCCCUUCCCCACCAUAUCACAACAGCUUCGGUCCAGAUCAGCUGUCCAUCAAUUGUCGAUCGGCAGAUCGAUCGUCGAAAAGAUGGUGGCCGCCCAUCGACGGUAGCCAGAACGAUGCCAAAACGUAACGCAGCCGUGGCCAAUCUGUGGCUGCUGCUGGUUGCUCUCUUAAUAAUAGAUGCUUAUGUUUCAUGGUUUUCAUCCUCAACCCUUCAAGGAGUGACGGCAGCGUCAACAACGGCCGUUGCCGUCGAUAAUCAGCUAGCUCCGACGAUAGCCAGUGCAAUGUCACCGGCGAUAGGCGGCACGGUGUCCAGCAGUAGCAGUAGUAGUAGUAGCUCCCGAACAAUACUGCUGCUCUUCACAACCUACUACGAUCUGCGCCUACUGAACGUUUCCGUGCACCCCGACACAAAUGCGCUCACGUACACGAUGGAUGUCCUGCUGAAGGAAUUGAACGAGGCGUCGGCGAUGGACUUUUACUACGACCGGGGGCUGGUGUGCUGGACGGAGCUGGAAACGCUCGAGGUGAUUCAGUGCGGGCGCACCAACGGCACGCAGACCGUGACGGGCAAGACAACUGUGAUAACCGACGGGCUGGACAAGCCCGAGGGCCUAGCGAUAGACUGGUACACGGACAAGCUGUACUGGACCGAUGGGGACUCGAACCGGAUCGAGGUGGCGCAGCUGGGAGCUGCUGGCGCUGGCGUGCCGAAACCGCAGCACCAGAAGGUGCUGAUCUGGAGCGAUCUAGAUCAGCCGAGAGCGAUAGCGCUGGUGCCCGCCCAGCGUUUCAUGAUUUGGACGGACUGGGGAGAAAGUCCCAAGAUCGAGCGGGCCAGCAUGGACGGAGAUCCGGGGAGCCGAAAGGUGCUGGUGAACGACCGGAUAUUCUGGCCCAAUGGACUUGCGGUGGAUCUGGAGCGAGAGCUCGUCUACUGGGUCGAUGGCAACCAGCGGUUCUUGGACGUGAUGGAUCUGGAUGGAAGCAACCGGAGAACGCUUGUGCGCAACCUGGACUACCCCUACAGCCUGACGUUCACGGCGAACUUCCUCUUCUGGACCGAUUGGAAGGAGGGCACGUUACACUACUAUGACAUUCAGCGCGAUCGGCACCGGGAGCUACUGAGCAACACGCAGGUUCCGAUCACGGUGCACGCGUGGGACGCCCGGCUGCAACCUCCUCCCGUGGACAAUCCCUGUCGGCGGAACAAUGGCAACUGUUCGCACCUUUGCCUGCUCGCGACCAACACGGAAGGGUACAGCUGUGCGUGCCCGACCGGCGUCAAGCUUCUCACGGCCACCCAGUGUGCGGACGGACCGCAGGAUAUGCUGUUCGUAGCGCAACGGUCCCAGAUCAACCGCAUAUCGCUCGAUUCAUCAGACUACACGAUCGUCCCGUUGCCAUUCGGCAAGGUGCGGUAUGCCAUCGCGAUCGAUUACGAUCCGGUAGAGAACUACGUGUACUGGUCGGACAAGGAGGAGAGUGCGAUCAAACGAGCGCCCGCCAAUGGUGGUCCGGCGGAAGAGGUAGUCACGGCAGAGAUACAGAACCCCGACGGGUUGGCAAUCGACUGGUUGGCGCGUAAUCUCUACUGGACGGACACUGGCACGGACCGGAUACAGGUUUGCCGACUGAACGGGUCCUUCCGGCGAGUGCUGAUCUACGACAAUCUGGUCGAACCGCGUGCCAUUGCACUCGCUCCAACGCUGGGGUGGAUGUUCUGGAGCGAUUGGGGUGCGAAGGAGCCAAAGAUCGAACGGGCGUCUCUGGACGGAACCGAGCGCGUGCUGAUCGUGUCGCAGAACCUGAUCUGGCCGAACGGUAUUUCGCUGGAUGUGGGCGCAAGGAAGAUCUAUUGGUGCGAUGCGAAAGCGGACACGAUCGAGGUGGUCAACAUGGACGGCUCGGGCAGGAAUACGAUCAUUUCGGACAACCUGCCGCACGUCUUCGGGUUGAGUCUGCUGGGUGACUACCUGUACUGGACCGACUGGCAGCGGCGUUCGAUCGAUCGAGCACACAAGCUCACCGGUGCCGAUCGCAUUACGGUCGGGGACAACAUUGCCGAGCUGAUGGGCCUCAAGGUGACCCGGUUGCACGAGGUCCAAGGGACGAAUCCUUGCGCCGUAAACAACGGAGGCUGUACGCAGCUGUGCUUGAAUCGUCCGCGAGAUUACGUGUGCCGCUGCCAGCUGGACUACGAGUUGGGGUCGGACAAUCGGACGUGUUUCGUCCCGCAAGCGUUCCUGCUAUUCUCGAACCACGGCAGCAUCGGGCGCAUCUCGAUUGACAGCCACAACCACACGGAUUACGCGCCGUUCCGGAAUGUGAUCGAUGCGCACUACCUCGACGUGGACGUGGCCGAUCGGCGCAUCUACUGGGUCAGCCAGAAGCAGAAGUACAUUUCGCGCGCGUACAUCAACGGUUCGGAUGUGCAGCGCAUCGUGGAGACGGGGUUGAUGCAACCGGAAGGGAUCGCGGUCGAUUGGUUGGCGCACAACAUCUACUGGACGGAUGCGGACGCGCGGCGCAUCGAGGUCGCACGGUUGGAUGGUAGCAGCCGGCGUAUCCUGAUCUGGAAGGGCAUCGAGGAGCCAAAGAACCUCAUCCUGGAACCGCGCAAGGGGCUAAUGUACUGGACCGAGUGGCCCUCGGACUCGAUCCGCCGGGCGGCGAUGGAUGGGAGCGAACUGAUGACGAUCAUCUCCGGUGCAAACCAUGCGAUCGGGUUGACGCUCGAUCCGGACACGCGUCGACUCUACUGGACGCGCCAGAGUUCGCCGACGGGCAUCGAAAGUGCCGACUGGGAUGGGAAGCGCCGGACACGGCUUGUGAUGACCGACGCCGGCGAUAGCAACCGGUUCGGGCCGGUCGCGGUCACAAUCUACCAGGACUGGGUGUACUGGGCCGACUGGAACACGGACGAGAUCGGGCGGGCAAAUAAAACCACGGGCGAAAACCGUACGAUCGUGCACACGAACCUCAAGUAUACGUACUCCCUGCUUGCCUUUCAUCACGGCCGCCAGUCCGGCUCGAACCAGUGUCGGACGAACAAUGGUGGCUGUACGCACCUCUGUCUAGCGCUGGGUCAACGCAAGAUGACCUGCGCCUGCCCAACCCACUACACACUCAACCCGAACCGUGUGUCGUGCAGUCCCCCAAAACAGUACAUCAUAUUCAGCCAGCGGAACUCCUUUGGCCGCUUCGUGCCCAACACCGCUGACUCACCGGACAUACCGUUGCCGGUCACGGGCAAGAAUAUACGGGCGGUCGAGUACGACAUACUCACCAGGCACAUCUAUUGGAUCGAUGGCCGUGGUCCAAUCAUCCGGCGGGCAUUCGACAACGCUACCAACGCGAAGGUUUCCAUCAAUCCGACAUCUUCCCCGUUCGACAUGGCGAUCGAUCCGAUCGGUCGGCUUCUCUUCUGGAGCUGCUCGCAUACAAAUACCAUCAACAUCACGACUUUGGAUGGCAAAUUUGCCAAUUUAGGGAAUGUGGAUAUCGGGAGGACGGAAAAACCGCGCAGCUUGGCGUUGCAUCCUAUGAAGCGGUUACUCUUCUGGACAGACGUCGGUGCGGCGCAGUCGAUCACCCGGGCGAAGCUGGACGGUUCGCAGCGUGUCGAGUUGAUCGUAAAGCUCGAAGGCAUUCAGGCGUUGGCUCUCGAUCCGCAGCUGAAUCGAUUAUUCUACGCUCAUGGGAAGCGGAUUGACACGAUGGAUAUCAACGGACAGGAUGUGAGAACACUGGUGGCGGAACACAUCAGCAUGGUGUCUUCGAUAGCGGCACUGGAUGGUUUUAUCUACUGGCUCGACGAACGGCCGGUGAUGGAACGGAUUUCCGUCGAUGGCGACAACCGGCGGGUGGAGAUUCACAAGAACCCGCACAUGACGGACAUUGUGGCCGUGUGGACACCGGACGAACGGCUGCUACGAAACCACACCUGCAACACGGGCCGGGCGGAGUGCAGCCAUAUUUGUAUCGGAGCGCCGGACGAUUUGCCGAACGAGCACGUUUGCGCCUGUCCAGCCGGUUUGAUGCUGCUGGAAGAUCGGCGCAAGUGUGGCGAACAACCGAUCUGUGGUCCGGAUCAUUUUAUUUGUGCCUCCCCGAGUCAGCGUGACCGGAACAACGAUUGUAUUCCGUCGUCGUGGCGUUGCGAUGGGCAGAAAGACUGCCCGGAUCGGUCCGAUGAGAUGGAUUGUCCAACGUGCCGCGGUGACCAGUUCAAGUGCCAGUCGGGAGAGUGCAUCGAUAAGCAUCUGGUGUGCGACGGCACGACGCAGUGUUUGGAUGGGUACGAUGAGGCGGUGUGCUGCAAGCAUCCGGAAGAUUUCCAGUGCCCGACGAGCAAGGUUUGCAUUUCGUUUCACAACGUGUGCGAUGGUGACGAGCACUGUGCGAAGGGCGAAGAUGAAGCGCCGGAGAUUUGUAGCGAGUAUGGUAACCGUCGGAUGGCGCCGAGCUCGAGUAAGAUCACGCUUCUUAUCGUGGUUGUGACGGCGGUUGCGGUGGUGUUCCUCGUCGUGUACUUACUACAAACGUGCCGAACUCGCUUCGGUACCGGCGGAGUUGGUGGACUCGAGCCGAAAGAGUGUGACCAAGCGGCAGCUCCUCUCUCUCCCGGUGCACUCAACAAGAGUGUGCGCGUGUCCCGGUUAGCCUCGGUGGCGGACGCGGUACGAAUGUCGACACUGAACAGUCGAACAAGUGCUGGCAGCUACGAUCGCAAUCAUAUAACCGGAGCGAGCAGUUCCACCACGAACGGCAGCAGUCUUAUCGGAUACCCACUGAACCCACCUCCAUCGCCAGCGACGACGGCCGGAUCGACAGGGCGCUUCUGCAGUAGCUACCAUCCGUAUAAACACUAUAAAAUCAUCAACCAACCGCCACCACCAACACCCUGCUCAACGGACGCGUGCGACGAAAGUGACUCCAACUACACGAGCAAAAGCAACCGCAGCCAACGGGGUCACGGAUCGGGCACGGGUGGUGGUACCAGCAGCUCGGUCGGCAGCGGAAGUGGUCGACAUAAUGGCACCGGAGGAGUCGGCAAGUACAAGGAUCGAUGCUACGAUCCGGAACCAUACCCGCCGCCACCGACACCACGUUCGCACUACCACAGCGAUAUCGGUGGAAUGCUACCGGAAAGCUGUCCCCCAUCGCCCAGCUCACGAAGCUCGACGUACUUCUCGCCCCUACCACCGCCACCCUCACCGGUACCAUCGCCUUCGAGGGGGUUUUCGUAGCAGUUAGAGAACGGUGGCGGAGACGAUGAGGACGACGAAGACGAACAGGUUUUUUUAGCCGACCCCGCUUACGACCCGGUUCCACCCGGGAAGGACAAUGUGCCCAUCGCGAGAAGGUAGGCACAGUAGGACAGGGUAAGAAGGACAAACGUACGUCAUCAUCUCCGUCGCGUCGUGAAUCCAAUAUGAAGUGAAUCUACCUCCUAACGACUUCACGCCUUCGUGUGCCAUUACUUUGAUAUCCCUGAGCGAGAGGGAAAGAAAACAAGAUUCCUUCCCGACUCUACCAUUAUAUCCUAUUGUACAGAAAAAAACAUACGCAAAAAUGGACCUACUCUAGCCCUCCUUUUCUAAUAGGAUGCCAACAGAAAAAGUGCCUCGAAAUCGUUGUAGCGAGAAACAGGUAUCGAAGGAAGCAAUGAUUUACUAGAUGCCUUCGAUUUUCUGAUUAAACUGUGUGGUUUUUAGCUUUAACAAAUGAGGAAAGAUUAGAACCGGAACUGGAGAAUUUUCAUAACCACUUCUCCCUUCAUUGCAUCUGUAAAUAAGUGUUCCCAUCAUUAUCCAUGCAAAUGUUAUAUUAUGUCAGCCUUACAAACCGAUUUCCCCGCUUCAUUAUUUUUCAAUGUUUCUCCAUUUAAAUUAAUUGAAUCAUACAUGCAUAAUCGUGGGGGCUUUCCGAACGAUCCGUUUUAUGGUCGCUAUGGAGUAGCCCAUGGCAACGAAUAGACGCAAAUGACGACGUCGUGCUUCCCCAGUGAUCGGAUAGGCAGCCAUUUUUCGUUCGUUUUCCACCCGCUGUUUAGUUACAGUAUAAUACACCUACUUCCUCCAUAAGACUGACUAAAACGUUGCCCUUCCGUCGUGUCGUCUGCAAAGUUACUUGAGCUUUUGAUGUGUUGUUCGUAGCUAAUUUCAAGUCACACAUCAACCAUGUUCUUCCAUGCGCGCCACCAUCACCCCUGGAGGAUGUGGGUCAAAACAAGCCUUGACCUCAAACUUCCCAGAGCUU